CGUCAUUAUAUAGCUUGAGACAUCGCAGAGCUUCGUUCCACCACUGCGACUCAUGCCUAACCUCAAGCACCUCACUGAGCGCAUCUUCCAGUCGCCCCAAAAGUACAUCCAGGGCCCGAAUGCCAUCAAGAAUGCGGCCAAGUAUCUCGACUCGCUCGGCCGUACCCCGUUGUUGGCAGUAGAUGAUCUGGUGUUCAACAUCGCGGGAAAGCAGCUCGUCGAGGCCUUGGAGCAAGCGCAAUUCAAGGUCACCCGUGGCCGCUUCGGUGGCGAGGCCUCCACACAGGAGAUCGAACGGCUCGUCACACUCGGCAAGGAGUCCCGGAGCGACUUCGUCAUCGCACUCGGCGGCGGCAAGACGAUCGACACCGCCAAGUGCGUCGCAGACCUGCUCAAGCUACCUGUCGCAGUCCUGCCCACGACCGCGUCGACGGACGCACCGUGCUCCGCGCUCUCCGUGAUCUACACGCCGGACGGCGCGUUCGAAAAAUACACGUUCUAUGACAAGAACCCGAACCUCGUCCUCGUCGACACGAGCGUCAUCGUCCAGGCCCCCGCGCGCUUCCUCGCCGCCGGCAUCGGCGAUGCCAUCGCGACGAACAUCGAGGCGCGCCAGUCGCGGCACAGCCCGAACUUUGGCGGCCUCCUCCCGACAGACCUCUCGGAGGCGGUCGGCGCAAAGUGCGAGGAGAUCCUGCUCAAAUACGGCAAGCAAGCGUACGAAGCGAACAAGGCCAAGGCCCUCACUCCCGCGUUCGAGGCGGUCGUAGAGGCAAACACGCUGCUGUCCGGACUCGGCUUUGAGUCUGGAGGACUUGCUGCUGCUCACGCCAUCCACAACGGCUUCACUGCUAUUCAUGCUCUGCACGGUUUGAUGCACGGAGAGAAAGUCGCUUUUGGCGUAGUCGCGCAGCUCAUCUUGAACGGCGCCGAUUCCGCGGAGCUCGAUCGCUACAUCGGGUUUAUGCUCUCCGUCGACCUGCCCGUGACCUUCGAGCUCCUCGGCAUCCCAAACGUGACCGACGAGGAGAUCCGCUCCGUCGCAAAGCUCUCGUGCGCACCGAACGAGACGAUCUGGAACAUGGAGAUCGCUAUUAACGAGGAGAUCGUCUUCAACGCGAUCAAGGGUGCCAACGCUGCCAGUGUUAGCUACAUCAAGCGUACGGGUUGGAAGAAGGAGUGAACGUUUCUGAUUUAGAACUCUACAAUUGUACAAUUGCGUGUACCAUAUGUGUAGAAAAGUGGCAUAGCUGUGUAAGUCCUGGAAAUAGCGUAUAGCAGAUGUAGCUUUAGAAUCUAUGAUGUUAUUACUAUCGCUUCGGACCGCGCGAAACUGAAUGUAAUUGGGCACGAUGCAAAGCCUUGAAGACAUGAUGAGACGGCAGUGCAGGUCAGCCUGCAACAGCCGAUCGCGUCGGGCGCGACAUCAAAAACGGCACUGCUCCCGCGCAUGAACUCGAAGAGGCAAGUAUACAGGAACAAUCAUUGCAAUAUUUUGUCCGGUGCAGUAACGAGCGCACAAGUGUUUGGUGCCAUAGUCCAGCCACGCAGUAAUCGCGCAGCCCGUCCUCAGUGCAGAACGCGAGCCCGAUUCCGGCGAUCCCUCGCUGCGUGAUGCGUUGCCAUGGGAUGGUGCAGCUGGACGGGGACGUAGCUAACCAAGCUCCUCGGCUGGCCGUGCGGCAGUAGCGAAUCAGCGAUCACGUUAGGCACAGGGUCGAUACAGCAGGCGACGGGAGAAAUUUAGGCCUUGAAGUUGGCGCCGACACGGAGACCGCCCUUGGCUCACGAAAAUCGUACGAGAAAUUGGCGUUAUACUUGCUCUCUCGGGACUUCUGCUUGUUGCGGAGCGCGAACUCGCCGAAGGACAAGCCCAAGAAGAGGAUGGCCCGCUUCUCAGAUAUGCGUUGAAGGGCACGGCGUCGAUAUUCGCCUCGAGGACCUCACAUAGUGUCUUGUGCGGGAAAGCCACUCGGCGAGCGGCCAACGCGGGUAGAGCAGGUAUAAGUCGCUGAUAACCUCGACGACGUCGAUCUGGAGGACCGAGCUGGGCCAGAGGAAGUCGGAGAAUAUCUCCAUGUACGGUUGAGGAGACGCGGGCUGCACGUUCACGAUUGGGACCUUUUAUGUGCGAGUGCGCCUAUACCCUGGAACAUUUACAGCGGGAGGAUGUGAGUUCGUAUGGCACGCCAAGAUCUACAAGAACGCAUCGGACACGACGUGCUUACAGUUCGGAAUGCGUCGGUAACGUCGAGAGUAGCGAGUUAAGGCUUCUUGCUUGACAUUCUCUGUUUUGAGCCACAAGUAGCGGCUGUUCGUUCGAAGUCCCUCGAGGACAGGGACUCCUCUUCAUAGUGAUUGCGAGGCAAGGAAACACUUGAAGUGUCAUUGCUAGCACAUCAGUAGGUCUACUGAAGAGCUCACAAAAUGCUCGUCCAGUAACCCGGUGUGAACCUGAAGAAGUGUCCCGGCUUUGGCUCUGGGCCUCAACAUGCUGCUAUACUGUGUCGUUGUGACCACUGCUCGUUGUACUUGACUGCAGGACGAAAUAAAGCCUUCUCGAGUCACAUGGGAUCACCCACAAUUGAGCUGCGUUCGCCGCCGCUCAGUCAAAAGUGUAGGGAUCCGACAGUACACGCGUCACGGCGUUCUGCAGAUCAUCCAAAAAUACACCGCACGGUCUGAAGGCUAUCACCUUUUCAUCAUUAGGCCGAGAAAAAUCGAGACGACAACGUUACCUUCCAUUUGUCACCUGUCCUCGGCGCAUCACCCAUCUCAUACCUGAGCUCCUUCUUGAGACGACGACCAGCGUGUUCGAUGGUAUA